CCGGCUCCCUCCAGCAAUAAACACUCACAAACACACAUAUAUAUGUCCAGCAUAUUGUGACGCCUUCCUCGUCAGCUCAACUUGACUGCAUUCCUCUAACAAACGCAGCGUUGGCCGUUGCAUCUGCGCCAUUUCACUCCCAUCAUGUCAUACGUUGACAACCUCUCGGGCCAAUUUGGCCAGCUCGGACUUGGAGGCUCUCAGCCCUACCAGUCCCCCCCUCCCCCCGGCUCAGGACAGCAUGGCGAGUAUGGCUACCACUCAGCCAACCAAGAUGGAGCCCCUCCCGCGCAAUACAAUGCUGUUCCCCCUCAGCCAACUUAUCAGCCUCCCUCUGACAAGCCGGCUCUCCCUCAAGGAUGGAUUCCCCUCUUUGACCAGAGCCGCCAGCGCUGGUACUAUGCCAACAAGGAGACCGGAGUGACCCAGUGGGAGGCCCCCGGCUAUAUUGCCCCUCCGCGACCUCCCAUGGAGUCUUACCCGAGCGAGGAUUCACGAGGCAGCGGCCAGUCGCCGCAUCCCCCAGCAGCGCCGUACGGACAGACUCCAGGAGGCUAUGGGGCUCCUCCUACAGGACCCCCUCCUUCAGCCUCAUAUGGUGCACCACCCAUCCCUCCUGCCGGCUACGGCGCUGCUGCAGGAGGAUAUGGCCAUAGCAGCCAGGGUAGCUAUGGUGGUGAGGGCCGCGGAGAGGGCUACAGUGAAGAAAAGAAGAAGAAGUCAUCUGGAAAGAGUGGCUUGCUUCUUGGUGCCGCCGGAGGUGUUGCUGCCGGUCUUGUGGGCGGUGCCCUCUUGCAUCACGCCUUGGAAGACGACAGCAGCGAUGAAGAAGAGAGACGCCACGAGUAUGAAGAAGAGAGACGCCAAGAGUAUGAACAGGCACCGUCACAGACCAUCAUCGUCAACGAGUACAACACCACUAAUUACAACGAUUACAAUGAUUACAACGACCCAUACCGAGAGAGUGGCGUGCCUGACAUUCUCCCUGCAAGAGAUGCAGAAGGCAACUAUGUGUCUGAGAGCGAUCGGGAGUCGGUUCAAGAAGCCCGUUUGGAGUACGAGGAGGCCCUUGCUGAGGUUGAGGGUUCUUCAAGUGCUAGCAGCAGCGACUACGAGGAGUUGGCAGAGGCCAGGGAAGAGUAUGAAGAGGAGUACGAGGAGGUUUACGAGGACUAGAGGUGGGCACAAUUCGACCUGAAAAGACUCGACCCCUUGGCAGUCAAUCGGUUAUCUGAACGCGGUUGCCAUUGCGAAGCACAAUCAUUUUGUUACAUCUAUGAGCUGGUUGUCAUACGAGAAUGUCUAGCACAGAUUCGCACGAAAGAGCUAUUGUAAAUAUCGUCUUCAAUAUUAUCAAUCUAUUUUUUCUAUG